AUGGUUGGUUCAGCUUCUGGUUCUACCCCUACUCUGUCCCGAGCGGAGGGGGAGGGCCCUCGGGCCCCCUUGGUGCGUCGUGAUCCUAAGGAGGCAGCUGAGGAGGCCUAUGACGAGUUCAUUCAUGCUGAGUUGGGUGAGGCGGCGGCUAAGCAGGCGGCCGAGAUGGCGAGGCGUUCAGUUGAAGAGUAUAACCGCGUGUUAGAGGAAAGUGAGGACAACAAGCAGGCCGAGUUAUCACAGACGAGAGGCAUGUUGGCGCCUCUCCUCACUGGUCAGACGUUGCAAGUGGUGACCGCCCAGAUGCCGGAGAGAUAUGAUGGAGUCUCCAACCUAAGGAUCUGGUUCCGAAGGUUCGAGGCAGAUGCCAGGGCGGCCGGUUGGAAUGAGCACAUGAUGGCCGAGAGAUUGGUUCUCAUUGAGAACGCUGGCAAGAAGGACUUCGCUGCUGAUCGAGAGAUGAUGUUACGACUCUUUGACCUGAUUCGUCUCGACGAGGCCUUGGAGAAGUUCCACGCCUUAUCUUGGGACGGGAAGGGUCAUGUCAGUCAGUUCAUGGCCAUCUUGAAGCGGGCCCUGGAGGAGUACGACAAGAUGUUACCGGCGGAGGCGAAACUUCCCCCUUUGGCUAAGAGUCGUAUGUUGUUGGAUCGGCUUACUGCCUGUGCCCCGGAGGGAGCCAGGCCGGUUUUGAGAAGGCGUCGACCUAAGGGUAUCACUGAGGUCUGCCAGAUUAUAGAGGAUUACAGGGGGAAGCAGUCUCGGACGGCCAAGCACGCUGCGGCGGCUGUGUCCGAGGAUGAGCAUGCGUGCCCCGGGGCGGUGGCACAACACUCCCCAGACAAGGACAAGCAGCUGGCUUCGCUUAUUGAAUCACAGACUAAGGCUAUCAACGCUAUGCAUACUUCGCAGAAUUCCCUGCUUGUGUCCCUGAAGGACAUCCUCAAGGCUCAACAAGAUCCUGGUCGUAAGGAUAGGGACAUGCGUGCAGGACCCACGCAGCCCAGGAGACAGCUGAUGCGGUGUGGGAUCUGUGAGGCCCCCGGCCCGGGAAGCACAUGA